AUGACAACUUGGAAAAUUGAGCCCUGUUUCGUCGGUGAUGCCGCCGCUCUGGCGCGAAACAACAUGGCCGCCUUCUGGGAGGAUCCGAACUGGGUUAUCCUGUGGCCGAAAGACAUGACACAGGAGUUUAUCAUCGAGCAAUCCGCAAAGCGUCAGCCGCGCAAUCUUCUGCGCGACCGCGAGAAAGUACGACAUCAGAAGGCUGUAGACCCCAUCACGGGUGCCGUGGUUGGUUAUGCGCGCUGGAUACUUCCGCCCGGGCACUGCAUCGCAGAGGAUGGCAGUCCGAAGUGGGUCGAGGCACAGGUACCGGAUGUUAGUGAAGAUGAGAAAAAGCAGUACCAAGAACUGGCUGAGUCCGCUUGGUGGAGUCCAAGAGAGGAUAUGAGUCUCGAUGAUAAGAACCACGUUGUUAUGGACCGCAUCCGAGCGGAGAAACCGUAUAUAAAGCUCGACUAUCUGGCUGUUCACCCUGAGAGCAAGGGAAAGGGAAUCGGCACUGCGCUUGUUGCAAGCGGGAUCAAGUAUGCUGAAAAGGUCGGGGUGCCCAUUUUUACCAUGGCAUUCAAAGCGGGGCGCGGAAUUUACGCGAGACUUGGAUUUCAGGAGGUCGAUAAAGUUAUUCAGGAUGAUUCGAUGUAUGGUGGGCCUGGUGAAUAUGCAGCGUACUUCAUGAUAUACUAUGUCCAAAGGAAAGUGUGA